CGUUGACACGAGUGUCCUCGUAGUGAAACAUGAUGCCUUAAGAGUAGCCAUCACAUGGUGGAAAUUUCCACUAGUCCCUUGGCUGAUAAAUUGGAAGGAUCUCCACUGAACUUCACUUGUACUUCUACUCGCCAACCUUCUAUGGUACUACAGAAGAAUUCAUUUAGGUUUCCCUGGUUUUGGAAGUAAAGUGAUUAAGGCACCCCUCAUAGAUGUGGGGAGAAGACCAUUUUUGAAGGAUUCCUGAAACAUCUCCAAAAGAGGUUGUUGCCCACUUUUCAAAUUGACACCAAGUAUUCUGACAUACUGAAGGCCUGAAAAAGCCAUGGACCGUAUGGAGCUAAAGAAAGUCUGCACAGAUGCAGAUGAUGACAGUACUGACAGCUUGGAUGAUAGAUGCACAGAGCCCAUUGACUCGGAGAAGGCCACCAUCAAUAGUCAAUUCCUGGAUGAUGGUGAUGAUGCAGAAAGCCAAAAGUUCCUAACCAAUGGGUUGAUGAAGAAGUAUGAAGAAUAUCAUGAAGAAUAUCAUCCGGGACACACUUCUUUUGGGAUGUCUGUCUUCAACCUAAGUAAUGCCAUUAUGGGAAGUGGCAUCCUGGGUCUGUCCUAUGCCAUGGCCAACACUGGUAUCCUGCUUUUUGUGAUCCUUCUUCUGGGUGUGGCUGUUUUGUCUCUAUACUCUGUGCAUCUGCUGCUGAUGACUGCAAAAGAAGGAGGUUCCCUCAUCUAUGAAAAGUUAGGAGAGAGAGCUUUUGGGUGGCCAGGAAAAGUAGCUGCUUUUGGAUCGAUUACUCUUCAAAAUAUCGGAGCCAUGUCCAGCUACCUCUUCAUUGUGAAAUACGAGCUUCCUGAAGUCAUCCGGGCCUUCAUGCAAUUGGAGGAGAGUUCUGGUGAAUGGUAUCUCAAUGGAAAUUACUUGGUAGUGUUUGUGUCUAUUGGGAUCAUUCUGCCACUAUCCCUCCUCAAAAACCUUGGCUAUUUGGGCUACACAAGUGGAUUCUCCUUGUGUUGCAUGGUUUUUUUCCUCGCCGUGCUGAUUUAUAAGAAGACCCUGUUGCCUUGCCCUCUGCCUUUCUUCUACCAUCACUCCAACUCCAGUAUGAAUGGUUCUGCAGCGCUGGCCCCCUUUGCUCUUCAUAACAGCAGCGCCUUCGUGGACUUCUCCAGAGCUGAUGUGUCCCCAGCAGUCUCAGCCAGCCAGCAUGCCCCCCAAACCACGGGUGUGCACUAUAAACCCCACCCUGACGACAAGGACAUGUGCACACCCAAGUACUUUGUGUUUAACUCACAGACUGCGUACACAGUGCCAAUUCUUGCCUUUGCUUUUGUGUGCCAUCCUGAAGUCCUUCCCAUCUACAGUGAGCUGAAAGAUCGUUCUCGGCGGAAGAUGCAGAAUGUGUCCAACCUGUCCAUCCUGGCCAUGCUCAUCAUGUACAUGCUUUCUGCGUUAUUUGGUUACCUUACCUUCUAUGAUAAUGUUGAGGCAGAAUUGCUUCACACGUUCACCAAAGUGUACAAGUUUGACACUAUGCUGCUGUUGGUGCGUCUAGCUGUCCUUACGGCGGUUACUCUUACAGUGCCCAUUGUGCUGUUUCCUAUCCGUUCCUCUAUUACCACACUGCUGUUCAGUGGACGAGAAUUCAGCUGGACACGCCACUUGCUUAUUGCUGCUGCCAUCCUCGCUUUUAACAAUCUCCUAGUCAUCUUUGUUCCCACUAUUCGAGACAUCUUUGGUUUUAUUGGCUCCUCUGCAGCUACCAUGUUGAUUUUUAUCUUACCUGCUGCUUUCUAUAUACGACUGGUCAAGUCUGUGCCACUUCGCUCCCCACAGAAGAUCUCUGCUGCCAUUUUCCUAGUGGUGGGUAUCAUCUUUAUGAUUGUCAGCCUGUCACUCAUCGUGCUGGACUGGAUUCAUAACCCUCCUGGCUCUGGGGGUCACUAAGUACUCCGAAUCACGACCACACAAACCCCCUACAGAGUUAUGCAGUACUCCCAGGGGGUUCCCCUUUACCCUCACAAUCACCUAAUCUCCCUUUGGCCCUCCCUUCUCCUCUACGGUACAGGGACCUCAUCUUUGGGUGCAAUGCUCCCAGAGCCUCUUAUGUGCAAAAAAUACCACAGACUGAACCGUCUACAUGCUGUGAGUGGCUGGUUGCCUCCAUCUAAAAUGCCUUUUGAUAGAGUAUACUUUUUAUUUUUCUGUUCAAUGUUCUUGUUACAUAGUUAAACCAGGAUCAAAAGUGACUUAAUGCAAAAAGUCAUAAACUGAGACAAAAUGGAGCCCUUUGGCUCCAAGCAAAGAUCAAUGGGCAAUCUAGACUAGAGUAUAUUUAUGAUGUAGUCUUUUAGAUUGCCCAUUGAUUUCUGCAAUAAUAGAAGAGACAAUGCUAAGUGAAGCAGGGACCUCAAACUAGAGUACCGCUAAAUAAUAGGAUUUGGUCAGGGGGCUAAUAACGGGACAUUUUGAAAGCCAUUGGUCGCAUGAACUUGAAGAUGGUAGAGAAAAGAGAGAGAGGUGGAAUCCAGGGAGCACUUCCAGAGCACUUCAAGAAAAUAUUUCAUCUUUUUGUGUUUUAUUUAAACUUCAGACACACAUCCAUAAAUACAUACAUGCAGCCAGACCAGCCGAAUUUGAAUCCUUAAACUACUUUAGUAAAGUAGAUGUUCUUCACUAAUAAACCCAAAGAUUGCAUUCACACAGCCUACGGCAGACGUUAUAACAUGUUUUUUUAGACAAAAUCCUGGCACUCGCAAUGACUUGAACGCUCAUUAGGUCACAGAAGGGUGAACAGCGACAUUGUUACCUUACCAACCUUCUCUGGAGGAGGGGAUCCCUCUCUGAAUUGCUCCUCCCAAGGUUUCUUCCAUUUUUUCUCCCGGUGGGAGUUUUUCUGGGAGUUUUUCCUUGUCUUCCUUGAGGGUUUAGGUUGGUUGAGGGGCAGUUCUAUGGGCGCAUGUGAAGCCCUCUGUGACAUGCUUGCGUGUAAAAAGGGCUAUACAAAUAAAUUUGAUUUGAUUUGAUUGUUAAAACUUGGCCCGCAUUCCAAAUAAACAUUACUUCAGAAACAGGCAGCCAAUUUAAAAUCCCAACAACUCAAAGCAUUCAACAAGGGGACAACAUUCAGUAUUACUGUUACAGAGAGAUGUGAAUGUGCUAGAGAUUUGAAUGUACUUAGUAGUUCUGCUAUCUACAGAUCUAAGCAUUGGUGAAAUAUCUGAACCAGUUUUUUCAUCCUAUGGCCUUAAUUGUGUUAUCCAAAUGCAAUAUAUGAGGCCCAUUGUCAUCUUUAAUUCAUCAUGAAUAUAAUUAAAACUAAGCAGUUCUGGCAGUUCCUAAAUCUUGAAUGAAAAAGUAAGGAUCAAAAACUAAGUAUGGUGUGGGUACAUGAGAAUAUGGUUUAAGUUGUUUUAUUUCAUUUAAUAGUUAUGGUUUGUUUUUGUGAUUUUAUUAAUGGUUUGUUGCAAACAAGAUUUGGGUUAGUACCAGUGUUUAGGAUUAAAAUUGAAGAAAAAUAAACCUCAGUUUCACAAAAAGGUUAGAUAUGGUAAGUGCUGUCAUCCAUGUAUACUUUUAACUCUAAAAUAUUUGCUAGAUGGACUAUCACUAUAACAGUUGACUUGGUGUGAAUCUUUGGAGUGAAGCCCUAGUGACAAUAGACAUUUGUAAUUUGUUAUUUGAUCAAAUUGGCGUAUACACAAUUAUUAUAUAUAAUAUAUAUAAUAUUGUCUGUAUUUUUCCCCACAUAAAUUAAAUCUCAAUGUCUAAUCAGUUAAUUGAAAUGCAAAUUAUACUUUGUGAAAAAUGUCUGUAUUCAAUGCGUAUUUUUCAGACACUUUGCGUUUCACAAAAUAUAUAUCUAUGACACUUGUUGUUACAACUAGAAAAGCUGUGCCCUUUUUUUUUUGUUCAAAGAUUAAAAUGUUUAGAUUAAAUCUUGCCAAAGUGAACAUUUACAUAUUUUCUAGAUUUACAUAUAAAACAUGAUUCAAAUGAAAUGACUUGUGUGCAUAUGACAAACAUGUUUUUUGACAGCUGUAUAUGCCUUGUAAAUAAUCAAUAUAUGGUACAUUCACUGAAUUGUUUAUAUGAGAUUUGUAGGAGACUUUAAGUCUGCAAUCUUAUGGUCUUAGUAUUAGCUCUUGUUCGUUCUUUCUUUAUGGAAGCUUGUACAUUUGUAGAAAAUAGUUUAUCACCUUACAUGUUUUCCUAGUCAUUUACUUCUGACAGAUUUGGGAAACAUGUUUAAGUAUCCUUAAAUUCAUCAUAUUGCAGUGGAGCAUGUUAGCUAAAAGUGUCAUUGCCUUGAGGCCUUGCAUGACUUUUUACAGCUUUGAUAAAUACUUGAUUCUUCCCAUGUGGAUCAGUAUACGAUUCAAUGUUCAGUAAAACUCAACAUUGAAUGACGGGAGCCACCUACGUGCUUUAAUUUCAGUUUAGCCUUUUACUGUUCUUGGGGUAAUGUGACACAAUCCGAACUUUUAUAUUAAACCUCAGGCAUAGUAUAUUAAAUGCAGUUAGUCUGUCAUAUUGCCAUAUAUGUGAUCAAAACAAGUAUACAGGUUAGAAUUUAGAGCUUUUUGAUGUUCAAAAGGGCAUCUUUUUCAAGGAAGGACUAGAGACAGGAUUUUAGACAUGUAAAGGGGUCAUACACUGGGGGUUGGAGGAAUUACAAUGCCCUUAUUGUCUCUCAGGUACUGCAUCUUUGUGAAAACACUCAUUUUACGUUGAACAUCUUAUCAUUCUUAAAACAGAGUAGAAAAUGGGUCUGGUCAUCUCCCUGUCUAUAAUGUUUACACCAGUUUUUUCUUAGCAUUUGAAAUAAGCAAGGUUGGCAAGUGUUCAGUCAAUACAGAAUUGAACAACAUGGGAAAAUGUGAUACACUACACAGCUUCUUUUUUUUUAAUUAUUAUUGUAAAACUGGGAAGCACAGGAUUGAUGCCUUGCAAUUGAGUGCCGGCCUACAAUGACAAUGCAAACGGUAUAUUUUCCUGAACAAGGGGGAUUUUUAUAUUGGUGAAGCAAAUCCAAUACCAUGUAAUAUGAAUAAUAAAAUGUGAAAUGUAA